CUGCUGUGCUACUGCUGUCGCGAGACUUCCUGCUCAUCUGCCGCUCCCUUUGCCGCCGCCUUAGCCCGGGACCCGAACCCAGCCUCUCCCCUAUCCGAACACCGGCCCCGGCUCCUCCGAGGCAACAGUCCCCCAGCCCCGUCUCGCCGCCGCCAUGGCGGACCCUAAAUACGCCGACCUUCCCGGCAUUGCCAGGAAUGAGCCAGAUGUUUAUGAAACCAGCGACCUGCCUGAGGAUGAUCAAGCGGAGUUUGAUGCGGAGCUGUCCCACACACAGCCUUUUCCUAUCUCACAAGUCACUGUAAUUAUACUGCCCCCAACUCAUGCCCCAGAUCUUCAAGAUACUGCUGGAGUAGGUGCUACUGGAGGACUAGAGUGUGCCCCCAGGCCACAGCCUUGGAGAGGCUCCAGAGGAUGCCAGCGCCAGGAGGAGCUGACAAGCACAAGUGUGGAACACAUCAUUGUCAAUCCUAAUGCUGCCUAUGACAAGUUCAAGGACAAGAGAGUGGGGACAAAGGGACUUGAUUUCUCAGAUCGUAUUGGAAAAACCAAGAGGACAGGAUAUGAAUCUGGAGAAUAUGAGAUGCUUGGAGAGGGUCUGGGAGUGAAGGAGACACCCCAGCAAAAGUACCAGCGCCUACUGCAUGAGGUCCAAGAGCUGACAACUGAAGUUGAAAAAAUCAAGACGACAGUGAAGGAGUCAGCCACAGAGGAGAAGCUGACCCCUGUGGUGCUGGCUAAACAGCUGGCAGCCCUGAAGCAGCAGCUGGUUGCUUCCCACCUGGAGAAGCUGCUGGGACCAGAUGCUGCAAUCAACCUUACCGACCCUGAUGGCGCCCUGGCUAAGCGCCUACUGCUGCAGCUGGAAGCAACGAAGAACAGCAAAGGUGGCUCAGGGGGAAAAACCACUGGGAUCCCCCCAGAUAGCAGCCUUGUCACUUAUGAACUACACUCUCGGCCUGAGCAGGACAAGUUCUCUCAAGCUGCCAAAGUCGCAGAACUUGAAAAGCGCCUGACAGAGCUGGAGGCAGCUGUACGUUGUGAUCAGGAUGCUCAGAAUCCCCUUUCUGCAGGUCUACAGGGAGCCUGUCUCAUGGAGACUGUAGAGCUGUUGCAAGCAAAGGUGAGCGCCCUGGACCUUGCAGUUUUGGAUCAAGUAGAGGCUCGGCUACAGAGUGUCCUGGGAAAGGUGAACGAGAUUGCCAAGCAUAAAGCCUCUGUGGAAGAUGCAGAUACACAAAGCAAGGUGCACCAGCUAUAUGAAACUAUACAGCGCUGGAGCCCCAUUGCCUCCACCCUCCCUGAGCUGGUGCAGAGACUUGUCACCAUCAAGCAGCUGCACGAGCAAGCCAUGCAGUUUGGUCAGCUCCUGACACACUUGGAUACCACCCAGCAGAUGAUUGCUAAUUCCCUGAAGGACAAUACCACCCUCUUGACCCAGGUGCAGACAACCAUGCGUGAAAACCUGGCCACAGUUGAGGGGAACUUUGCCAGCAUUGAUGAACGGAUGAAGAAGCUGGGAAAGUGAGCACAUUUGGGAGCUGGAGAACAGGGGUAAUCCCUACCCCUGUGAACUGUUAACAGCUUACAUAGGGUUUCCCCUUUACUAUAACUCUAGCAUCCCCAUCCCAUUUGACACUGGGGGCAAGGGUUCUUCUUGCAUGUGGGGUUUACACCCCUCCCCUGAUGAAUAGAGUGGUAGCUAGGGGUUGGUUAUUAGAAGGUGGUCUCCCCUCAGGCCUGGGGGAUAAGGACGUGGGCCCAGCCACAUGCCAGCUCAUGUCCAAUAUUGCUUUGCCUGGUGUGGGGAAGGAUUGGGUCUUGUCCUCCAACACAGCUUCUGUGGCUGACUCUAAUACUGUACAACUGUUUCUGACCAUUAAAUGCUGUUGUACUCUG